ACCUGUAUUAUGGUCGGAGAACGAAUACGGCACGUUCGUUAGUUGUUCUUGAAACAUCGAGUAAGCAUGACCAGUGGUUCAAGUUAAUGUGUUUGUGAUAGUUUACAGUGGUUUAUCGUUUAUAGUUAAACUAUCAGAAUUUAUGAUGCAGCGGGAAAGCGGCAGCGAAGAGCGCACUCCGCUAGUGCAGCCUACUUAUGUCUUCGAGUCUAGUAUUUCCAGGAGCUAUCAGAAGCGCCUGCGCAGAUUUCAGUGUGCUGUUUGUGUGAUUCUUAUCCUAAUUCUGACAGUUACGAUGUUGGUGACAGUUGGAUAUAAUCUCACAACAGAUGACGUCACAGAAUCACCGCCUAUAUCUAACUUGACUACAAACACAGACUUGCAACCGCUUCUCAAAAUGUCUUGGCCCUUACAAGGUCCGCCCCCACCGGAAUGGCCGGCCAAACCUCCAACUUCAGAAGAGAUAGCUUCAGCAGUAGCUCAAGGAAACGAUGCAUUGCAAGAGCGACGGAAGCUGGAGAGUUUUCUUACACCUUUGAACAAAGAUUCACCAGCAUCAAGGGCGCAGCGAGCGGCAGCAACAUCAGCAGAUGUCAAACCUCUAGCUGACUCUGCAUACGCUGCUGAACAGGCUACCAGAAGCCUUAUUAAUGGAACCAACUCGUCCCUCAUCGAAGGCAGUGUGGGAGUAGGUCCGAUUAUCAACGGCUUCUUCCCCGAGCCCAGAUACUGCAGCCCGCCAAGUGCUCCCUGUGGAAAAUCACGAUACAGAACUCAAGAUGGAUCCUGCAAUAAUCUUAAGAACCCACUACGUUGGGGAGUUUCAAAUACACCCUUCAGACGGGUCCUGCCACCUUCAUAUGGCGAUGGAAUUAGCUCCCCAAGGGCAGGCGUUGAUGGCGCAAUAUUACCCAGUGCUCGAGACGUGAGUGUGACCGUCCACAGACCAAGUUAUGCCCACGACUCUACCUUGACUGUGAUGCUGGCCGUAUGGGGCCAGUUCAUUGACCACGAUAUUACUGCCACUGCGCUUAGUAAAGGCGUGAACAGUUCCUCUUUACAAUGCUGCAACACCAAUGGCCCUGUCCAUCCUGAAUGCUUCCCCGUACCACUGGAUGCAGAAGACCCGUAUUACCAAGACUAUAACCUUACUUGUAUGGAAUUCGUUCGAUCUGCUCCCGCGCUGACUUGCCACUUUGGUGCACGGGAACAGCUAAAUCAGGCUACAGCAUUUCUGGAUGCAUCAGCGGUAUACAGUUUUGCGGAGAAAAAGACUUCGAAACUACGGGAAGGCAUGCGUGGACAGCUGAGGAUGCUCCGGAUCGGCCAUUGGGAGCUGCUUCCACCAUCAACAGAUCCAAAUGAUGGAUGUAAUACUGUGGAAAUGAACGCAAAGGGGCGUUACUGUUUUGAAGCAGGAGAUGAAAGAGCAAACGAGAAUCUACAUUUAACCACGAUGCAUUUGAUUUGGGCGCGGCAACACAACCGAGUGGCUGCUGAGUUGAUCAAGCUGAACCCAACCUGGUCUGAUGAGACGGUGUUUCAGGAAGCUAGGAGGAUUAUAGGAGCUCAGAUGCAACAUAUCACAUAUUCGGAGUUCUUGCCAGCUAUCUUAGGUGUGGACGUGAUGUGGGCACUCAACUUGACUCUUCGUACUUCUGGUUACUCUGAUAUCUACGAUCCUACAGUGGACCCUUCCAUUGCGAACCACUUCGCGGCAUCAGCCUUCAGAUUCGCUCACACUUUGCUACCAGGUUUGAUUCACAAUGUGGAGGUCAGUACCGGCACGGUUAGCUACACCCACCUACACGAGAUGCUAUUCAAUCCAUUCGCACUCUACAACACCGAUAAGGGCGCGAGGCUUGCGGUCAAAUCUGCCAUGGACACGCCAGUUCAUACAGUGGACCCACAUGUAACUACCGAGCUUAGCAACCAUCUCUUCGAGCAUCCCAAAGCCGUAAACUCAACAACUUCAACCACUCCAUCAGAUCCUAUGCUCCAUCACUGCGGCCUUGACCUGGUAUCUCUAAACAUCCAAAGAGGAAGAGACCACGGUUUGCCCUCCUACCCAGCCUGGAGAGAGCUCUGUGGACUCUCGAGACCAAAGACCUUCCAAGACUUGAACGCCAUCUUUGAUGAGCUUUCUCUUAGUCGGAUCUGUAAAAUCUAUAAGGAUGUAGAAGAUAUCGAUUUAUACACAGGAGCAUUAGCUGAGCAACCAGGAGGCAGACUUUUGGGUCCUACCCUCACUUGCCUCAUUUCAGACCAGUUUUACAGGGUAAAGGUCGGUGAUAGGUUCUGGUAUGAGACCGGAGAUCCAGAUAUCAGAUUUACAAUUGAACAAUUGCACGAGCUUCGCAAAACAACGUUGGCUGGAGUCAUCUGUUCCAAUGAGGAACUACUUGACCUAGCACAACCAAGAGUCAUGGAAGCCUUCAGUGCUACUAACCCACUCGUGGACUGCAAGGAACUUCCCCAACCUAACUUCGAACCCUGGAGAGAAGGGCCGAAUGAGAUGCCUAAGAAAAGCAAAAAAACUAAAAAGAACUAGAUAUUUUUAGCCCGAUUUAUGUUAGCCAUAUGUUUCCUUUAAAAUCCUUGCCAGCUUUAAUUCUUUAUUGGUUUAUGUUAAAGUUAAAAAACUUUUAAAAUGUGUGUUUGGUGCGUGAUUUUAAAACAGCAUUAACGAUGCUAGACACCUAUUGUUUUUUAUAAUUAUUAAGGUUUGAUUACACAUAUUUUGUCGUCAAUUUUCAAUCCCUGAAUGAUUUGUGGUUAGUUAACAUUUUAUUCAUCAUAACCGGUUAAUAGAACCUACUAACAAAAGCUAAAUCUAAUUUAAGGCGAAGUCAUAUAAUUAAUCCUAUUUCUUAAAUCUAUUAUGGUUCAAAGGACGUAAAAACUCCAUAGAAAAUAGCUCCUGACAAAAAGAAUAGACGAGUAGUCAACUGUCAUAUUGAAUUUGAGCUAAACGUCAUAAUUAUAUACAAACUUUUUGCGAUGCAUUUUCAACCCUAUUCUGACCUUGCUAUACCCGUGCCAUGUAAUUUAAAAUACUGAAAAAUAUAAUGUUAUAAAAUAAUAUGUGUUAACACGAAUAUUACACCUAUAGUAAACACUUAUUUAAAGAACGUAAUUGCAUUAUUUAUAUGUUAAUAUUUGCAUUUACACCAGUCUAAAUAAGUUUUGUGUUUAAGUAUGGUUACUCUUAAGAUUAAUAAAAUUAAAUACAUUUUUCAUCGACGUAAAAGUUUUGUUAUCAAAAGUAAAUAGAUCACAUAAGAAGUCGAUUAAAACUGUAUUUCAUUUAACUUAUUUACAGUGAUUAUAUUUGUGUAUUUUUAUAUAUUUUAUAUAGUCGUAACAACGA